AGGAAAAGAAAAAAGAGACAGGAGCUGAAACAAAAGGUCUGACCGAAAGAUUCGUUCCCUCCAUAGUGGGAAACGUCCUCUGUCCGGUUCCUUGAUCAAAGUUCCGUUCUUUCGGUCCCCAAUCCCGACCCAGAUCGACCCUUUUAGCUUUUACCCACUGAACUUCUCUCCAGGCGCACGACCUCAGCUAUGGCGGCUCGGGUGUUGACGGUCGCGCAGGACGGAACCGGGGACUUCUGUACGGUGCAGGAGGCGAUAGACGUGGUGGCGCUCGGCAACACUUGUCGGACCGUCAUCCGGGUGUCGCCGGGCGUCUACAAGCAGCCCUUGUACGUGCCCAAGACCAAGAACUUCAUCACCCUCGCCGGGCUCAGCCCCGAGGACACCGUCCUCACUUGGCACAACACCGCCUCCAAAAUCGAUCACCACCAGGCGUCUCGUUUGAUUGGGACGGGGACGUUUGGGUGUGGGAGCACGAUCGUGGAAGGGGAAGAUUUCAUUGCUGAGAACAUCACUUUUGAGAAUUCGGCUCCUGAGCAGGGUUCAGGCCAAGCUGUAGCAAUUAGGGUAACAGCAGACCGGUGUGCCUUCUACAACUGCAGGUUUCUUGGUUGGCAGGAUACAUUGUACUUGCAUUAUGGGAAACAAUAUUUAAGAGAUUGCUACAUCGAGGGAAGUGUAGACUUCAUCUUUGGCAAUAGUACUGCUCUUUUGGAGCACUGUCAUAUCCAUUGCAAGUCAGCAGGUUUCAUAACAGCACAAAGCAGGAAGUCUUCUCAGGAAUUGACUGGUUAUGUGUUCUUAAGAUGUGUCAUCACUGGCAAUGGAGGAACUUCAUACACAUAUCUGGGACGACCAUGGGGACCUUUCGGAAGGGUGGUAUAUGCAUACACAUACAUGGAUGCUUGUAUCAAGCAAGCGGGCUGGAAUAAUUGGGGAAAAACUGAGAAUGAAAGAACUGCUUGCUUUUAUGAAUACAGGUGUUUCGGGCCAGGCAGUUGUCCCUUAAAACGUGUAACAUGGGCCAGAGAACUGAUAGAUGAAGAAGCAGAACAGUUCCUAGUGCAUACCUUCAUCGACCCUGACCCCGGGAAUCCUUGGCUUGCUCAGAGAAUGGCCAUUAGGAUACCAUUUUGUGCCUAGAUGGUUCCAAGAUUUCACAAUGGACGUAGAUUUUUUUUUAUACCAAGAACUUGGAUUCUGGAUGUUAAGCCUCGAAUGUAUGAGGGGAUAUUAACUUGAUAUAUGAACGUGUGUACAAUGGAUUACCGCUGGUGUGAGGCACUUGGACUACUGGGAUCUUUGUUUAGUCUGAGAAGGGAUCAUACUUAUGUCGCUAAUGAUGUCCGAUGCGUUUCUCUGUGCAGUUAUUGUCAUGAGAUUGAGAGCUAGAUAAGCACUGCUUUGAUGCCA